AUGGGAGGUGGCCCAUCUACAGCUGAUUUAGCAAGAUUACAGACCAAUGUUGUCAAUUUGAUGAGAGAAAAUGAAGGUCUGAGGAAUGCAAUUGUUGAAAUGAACCAAAGAACCCUAAGGAAUCAUGCUGAAGCAGUGAUAGCUGUUCCGAUUGCCGUUUUAGGGUUUUAUGGCAUACAAAGACUAUUCUCGAUGGGUGAUUCUGAAGAGUCUGGAGAGGAGAGGGAAAAUCAAAAUUAUUUGCUGGAAAGACCUUGGCGAAAAAUUCACCUAAGAUUGACAGAACCCUUGGAGAUAAAAGACGACUUCAAACGAACCAUAUCGGAGAUAUGGCCACAAAAUGAUAAAACACUUAAUAUUUUACUUCUUGGACAAACUGGGAGUGGAAAACCUUCCUUCAUAAAUGCAUGUGCAACAUCUUUGGAACGUAAUUCAAGAAUUGUAAACCUAGCGGUAGUAGGUUCAAUGCAGCCCGGAAGUAUAACAAUAAGGCUCGAAUCAUAUACCCUUGAUGUAGAAGUUGACUUAGAGAAGAGAAAAUUACCUGUAAAAUUAUUUGACUGUCGAGGACUUUCUGGCGAAGAAAGAGGAGUUAAGACUGAGGAUAUAAAAAGAAUUUGCCAAGGCAAUAUUAUUGCUGGAUAUGAGAUAAAUCCAAUGGAAGGAAUUCACCCUGAUAAUGAAAUGUAUCAAGAGAACCCACAAGAAGAAGACAAGAUGCACUGCAUUGUGUAUGUUCUUGCCGCUGACGAAGCUGAUUUUAUGAUGACGGACGUUAAGGAGCAACUGGAAGAAAUAAAAAAAACAUUCAUACAAGAUAUUCCCCAGGUUAUUCUUCUGACAAAAAUAGACCGUCUUGGAAUUGAUAUCACCCAGUUAUUCAGAGACAGAAGAGUCAAAAAGCGUUGCGAGGAAGCUGCAGAGCUGUUUAACUUCAACGUUAACGAUGUUUUCCCUCAGUCAAGCUACAGUGACGAAGUUAUUCCAUGUGAAUACAAGGAUAUGGUUACUCUGUUUAACCUCAGACAAUAA